UCGCAGUCUCGGAACAGCAGCACAAAACGUCAUUCACUCAUUUUAUAUUUUUCAGCAGCCGAUAAAGAAAAUUAAUUUUCAAGCUUUUCCGGGAGUUGUAAGACGUUCGAAACAUCCUCAACGGUCUGCAAACCACUCGUUGUCGCGAAAUGUGCUGAUAUCAUUUGGAAAAGUUUCAUACAGAGUUCGUUUUUGUGAUAUUAGCGUUUAGACAGGCGGUGGGAGGUAGGAGAAAAGGUGGCUGAGCUCUUCUCUGAAAUAAGGAAAAGCCUCGGUCACAUCUUUCACUGUGUGUGAGCGUUGUGAAAAGGAAAGAAGCAAAGGAAAAAUUACAUAAAGAAAAAGAAAAACCCCGAGGAUUUUCUUCAGCUAUUGCAGUUUUGGGGAAAACGGAUUAACAGCUGAGCAGUUACUCAACCGAGUUUGUACCUUUUGGCAAGUUUUGGGACUAUUCGAGAAGGAACCGACGGGUACUUCUUGAGGAAGCAAAAUGUCUACUCCUGCUCGCAGACGUCUAAUGAGAGAUUUCAAAAGACUCCAGGAAGACCCACCGACUGGCGUUUCUGGAGCUCCAACGGAUAACAACAUUAUGAUAUGGAAUGCUGUGAUUUUCGGCCCUCACGACACACCGUUCGAAGAUGGCACAUUCAAACUGACGAUAGAGUUCACCGAGGAAUAUCCCAACAAGCCUCCGACAGUCCGCUUUGUAUCAAAGAUGUUUCACCCGAAUGUGUAUGCCGAUGGAGGCAUUUGUCUGGACAUUCUGCAAAAUAGAUGGAGUCCUACGUAUGACGUUUCAGCUAUACUAACUUCCAUACAGUCACUACUUAGUGAUCCUAAUCCAAACUCACCUGCAAAUUCGAUGGCGGCACAACUAUACAAGGAGAACCGCAGAGAAUACGAAAAGCGAGUAAAAGCAUGUGUCGAGCAGAGUUUUAUCGACUAGCCCCUUUCCCCCGAAGAAUGGCACAUCCUUCGAUGUAAGAACCCUCGUGCAGGAAAUCUUCAUUACGACCCAGACUUCUAUUCACUUUCCCAUCGCUGUUCCCUGAUGUCUUUCCCGUUCAGUUAAAAUUUGGACAGCCGAAUUCGUUCUACAAAUCUGUGAAUGAUUUUCCAAUAUUUUAUCUACAAACUUCUCUGCGAGUAGAAGCUAAUAGUAGCAGAUAGCAUCAAAUCAAGCAAAUCUAUCAGAACUCGUAAUGCCAGCCACAAGAGAUAACUAACCACAAGUACUAAUAAAGGAAAAUAUUAAAAUCAUACAGUUAUGAGCAAAA